AUGGGUAACAAGCUUUGUAUGUGUUAUCAUUUCAGUGUAAAAGAUAAAAGAAAGGUUCGAAAGCCUCCAGCGAAAUCUACUUUGUCUCCCUUCAGUGACUUGAGCCUAGGACUAGAAGACUUUUUGGAGGGCAAUGAUAUUGUCACUCCCAUAAACCAUGGUACCCCACUUUUUCUCUGCCAAAUUUGUUGCCAAUCAAAGCCUCUGAAGAAUUCCUUCAAUGUGGAGGGUUGUGCACAUUUUUACUGCACAAAAUGCACCCUCAAAUACAUAGUGUCCAAGCUACAAUGCAACAUGCUAUACAUCAUGUGCCCUGAGCCAGAGUGCUCUGGGGCAUUGAAUCCUCAACACUGCAAGCCAAUUGUACCCAACAAUGUGUUAGUCUGGUGGGAGAACGCGCUGUGCGAAGCAGCGAUUUCCGAGAAGGAUAAGUUCUAUUGUCCUUUCAAUGAUUGUUCGGCUCUGAUGAUGCUCGUUGCGGCUCGCGAGGGAGAGAAGGUCGUGUGUACAGAUGCAAAAUGUCAUCACUGCAAGAGAAGCAUUUGCAUUCAGUGUAAAGCUCCUUGGCAUCCAGAUAUGAGUUGUGAAAAUUUUCAGAAAAUGAAGGGCAACAAUGAUGGUAUGAUGUUGUACCUAGCCAAGAAAAGGAAAUGGAGAAGGUGUCCAAACUGCAAGUAUUAUGUUGAAAAGGAAAAAGGAUGCAAUGUUAUGGACUGCAGGUUCGUUUUCUUCAAUGGUUCUCUUCCAUAA